GCGCGGGGGCAGGGGCGGCACGGGGCUCGGGCCGAGGCGCGGGCGCGGCCGGGCGGAGGCGGCGGCCGGUCCGGACGUGGGGCGGCCCGCGAUGAAGCCGCCUAGUUCCACGCAGGCAAGUGAGUUUGACUCAUCAGACGAAGAGCCUGUUGAAGAUGAACAGACUCCCGUUCAGAUAUCGUGGCUACCCCUGUCACGAGUGAAUUGUUCUCAGUUUCUUGGUUUAUGUGCUCUUCCAGGUUGUAAAUUUAAAGAUGUUAGAAGAAAUAUCCAAAAAGAUACAGAAGAACUAAAGAGCUAUGGUAUACAAGACAUAUUUGUUUUCUGCACCAGAGGGGAACUGUCAAAAUAUAGAGUUCCAAACCUUUUGGACCUCUACCAUCAGUAUGGAAUUAUCACUCAUCAUCAUCCAAUUCCAGAUGGAGGGACUCCUGACAUAGCCAGCUGCUGUGAGAUAAUGGAGGAGCUUGAAAUCUGCCUUAAAAAUAACCGAAAAACCUUAAUACACUGUUAUGGAGGACUUGGGAGAUCUUGCCUUGUAGCCGCUUGUCUCCUCCUAUACCUGUCUGACACAGUGUCGCCGCAGCAAGCCAUCGACAGCCUGAGGGACCUGCGAGGGUCCGGAGCGAUACAGACCAUAAAGCAAUAUAAUUAUCUUCAUGAGUUCCGGGACAAACUAGCUGCACACCUGUCAUCAAGAGAUUCACUAUCAAGAUCUGUAUCCAGGUGAAAGAAUUUCAAAUAGCGUAUAUAUAUGACCACGUCUGAAAUUUGAGUUCUCCAACAUUUGUAUUGAAAUGAGACUACUCUUGUUAUCAAAUUGAAUGUAAUGGAUGUAAAUGUACAUGUGCAGACAUUCCUAAAGCUUUUAUUGACAAA